CACGAUGGGUAAAAUAUUUCUCGAGCAUAUUAAUGGCCAAAAGCUGUACAACUGUGCUGCUUGCGAAACCAAUCUAACCAAUAAACGGGAGCUGAUCAGUACCAGAUUCACUGGUGCGACAGGCCGGGCUUAUCUGUUUAAGCGUGUCGUCAACAUAACGUACUCCCAAGUGCAGGAUCGCAUCAUGCUAACCGGACGCCAUAUGGUGCGGGAUGUAAUGUGCAAACACUGCAAGGCGAAGCUGGGCUGGAUGUACGAGUUUGCCACGGAAGAGACGCAGAAGUACAAAGAGGGACGUGUCAUCCUCGAGCACGCGCUAAUUACCGAAUCGGAAGGAUUCCCCGAUGCUUAACGGUUA